AUGUGGAGUACACCUGUUACUAAAGCUCUGGGCCUCGAUGGCUACAAUAGCGGUUUUUAUAAAGCGGCAUCAGAGACUAUUGGCAAUGACAUUGUGGAGGCUAUUCAUCAAUUUUUUGAUACAAGGGGAGCUUUAGUUGCAAGGUGCAGCAUCCUUCACAAUAUCCUACUCUGCCAAGAUAUUGUCAAGCACUAUGAAUGGAAGAAUUGUCCAGCCAGUUGCCUCCUAAAACUGGAUCUCCGUAAAGCAUAUGACAUGAUGGACUGGGAUUUUAUUACAAACAUGAUGAUAGCCCUGAAAUUUCCUGAAACAUUUAUCAGCAUAGUCUACACUUGCAUCUCGACCGCUCAAUUUGCUAUUAUGCUAAAUGGCCAGCCUUCUCAGUAG